AUGGCCUUUGACGAAGGCCAGGAAUUUGAGUUCCUCACUGCUCUCUCCGAAGACGACUAUCCCAAGCAGGAGACCAUGUCUGGCCUUCAGCCCGAGCCCGCUCAGCACGUGAACUUCAAUGCUGAUGCGCUCUCUGUCGACCAAGUCUACUGUCAGAUGUCCUCAGAAUUGCCCGCGGGCGGUUCGGUCAGUCCACAGGCGGGCUGCGGCACUCCCAGUGCAUCCAAUGCUCUUUAG